CUUUGCAGGUUAAUGACAGGCAUCUUCAAAUUAUCCAACGACGGCAGAUCACUGACCACGUAUCACCUCUUGCGCCGCCAGAUAUAGGUUUCGCAACACGCAACCAACUCUCGUCUCGUUACAGACCGAUAAUACAAUUUAUUACAGCGUGCACAACGAACAACCAAACGAUAUCACAAAAAAGCGCUGGGACUGGGUCUCACAGUCAUUGACGAAGCGGCGCUUACAUCCCGCCCACCACAAUCCACGGCACCAAAAACACAAACACACACACACAUACACAAACCGCAACCAUGUCGGACCAGGAAACCUUCACCCUCCUCCCCAUCCGGAUCGACCCGCAGUCCAAAGCCAUCAGCAGCAUGAGCCCGUCGCGGGCGCUCGACGCCGAGCUGGCGACGCUCAACAGCCUACACCGGACGCUGCUGGGGCUCGAGAAGCCGCACGCCGUGCCGCCGCCGCCCAUCCCCGUCAACCCGAAGCUGUCGGCGCAGGUCAACAAGAUGCGCGAGGGCGGCAACGCCGAGUUCCGCAAGGGCCGCUUCGCCGAGGCCAUCAAGCUCUACUCGCUCGGGCUCGAGAUGGCCCUCAAGCGCCCGCUGUGGGAGCCGCAGCAGCUGGUGCGCGAGGAGGUCGCGAGCCUGUUUGCCAACCGCGCGCAGGCGCACAUGGCGCUCUCGAACUGGGUUGACGGCGCCAUAGACGCCGAGGCCAGCGUCGAGGCCAAGAGGGCGGGGAACCCCAAGGCCUGGUGGAGGCGAGGCAAGUGCCUGAUCGAGAUGGGCAGGCUGGAGGAGGCUAGGGAGUGGGUCGGCAAGGGUUUGGAGAUGGAGGGAGAGGAGAAUGAGCUCAUGGCCUUGAUGAAGGACCUCGACGCCAAGCUGGGUUAGAUGAGUUGGGGAAGCGGUAUAACCGCCCAAGGGAAAGAAUUAAUGAUUUGACGACGCCAGGCCGGGGCUUGACUGUUCGGUCUAAAGUGGUGUUUUUUUACGGCACAGCAUACGGCAUAGCGCGUGCCGGGCCCGGCCUGGGAGUUCGUUUGGAACCGACGGUUGAGCUUGGGAAAGGACUUGAUCGAGUCCUAUGUCUCAGUGCGCCGGGAUAAUGAGGCACUGGUUGGCUUUAUUAUGGGCGACACUGGUUGAGAGCAUAGGAUGGGACCUGGAACACAGCCAGCCAUUCGGCCAUCUUACGGGUGAGGGAGGGGUGGAGGUGCGGACAUCGCACUCAAAAAUAUUUUACCAAAUUUCUGGGAAGGACUGCCGAGUUUUUUUGUUUUUUUAUAUUUUUCUUACUGUCGAAUUUGGCGUGGCUUGCUCUUCUUUAUUUCAUGCGCCGCAUUGCAUCAAAAUCACGUUUGUAUCAGUAAACCUACCUCACCUUUGUCCAAAGCUACAGUGGUGUGUUGGUUCGCCCAGGGACAUAGUAUAAAUAGUCUUAGUGUUCUGCAUGUCCGCCACGAAUCCUCAGAAUGCCCAGAUACCAUAUAGAUAUUAUUACCCUAGACUUUCGCUCUUAUGGACUGAUUCCCAAC